AUGGUUCGCAAGCUGGUCGUCGCCGUAGACGACUCGGCGGUCAGCAAGAGCACCCUCCAGUGGGCGGCAGAAAAGCUGCUGCGACCCGAUGACGAGCUGCACAUCAUCUCCGUGCUGGAGCCUGCCAGUGGCGGAAAUUUCGCCUCAACCGCCGAGACGGCAUACCCAGUGUCCAUGCAGGAGUGCAAGCCCGAUCCCUUGGCACUGGAGAGGGCACAAGCCUUCCUGAAGAAGUGUAGAGAGGAAGCCCAGAAGCAGGGGGUUGCGGACGUGAAGCUGGCCACCCUUGUGACGUGUGUGGGCGGCGCUGCUGACACCGGGCGCCACAUCGUCGACUACUCGCGACGGCAGGAUGCCGAUGUGGUGCUCAUGGGGUCCCGCGGCAUGGGCAGCCUGAGACGUGCCAUGCUGGGCCUGCUGGGCUUGGGCAGCGUGUCAAGCUAUGUGGUUAAGCAUGCCAACUGCAAUGUCAUGGUGCACAAACCGGAUGGCUCGGAUACCUGGCGCCUGCAGACAGCCAUAGAAGACCUCCUGGCGUCCAAGAUCGGCAUCAUUCCCACGGACACCAGCCCCGCCUUUGUGUGCUGCCUCCAUGACCGUGUGGCCGUGCAGGCCAUGUUUGACAUCGCCGGCCUCUCGGUCAGCAAGAAGUUGAGUGUCAUGUACACCCUGAUCCUGACGGCGAGCAAGGGCAUGCCGAAACAAGUGGUUGCAGCAGCAUCUGGAAAGAGGAAAUCCACCAUCCGCAAGACGGUGGGCAUUCGCUGGCCCGACAACCCCGUGUGCCAGGUCUGGACCGUUGCACCUUCCCCUAAGGCCCUGAUGGCUGGCGUGGAUGGGCCCCUGCUCUGCACCACGGUGCCUGGCCGGGAGGACCCAGGCGGCGAGGAGCAGGCUCCCGACCUUGCGGAACUGGCCGACCGCUACUGCGCUGCAGGGGUGGGGUUUGUGGUGGCCGAGGAGGGUCAGCGCUGGGGUGCGUCGACCGUCAUCGACUUCUCGGGGGCACGGCCGACUGUCGUCAGGGUCGGGGACGGAGACCUGGACCCUUUUUUGCCAUACCUCCCUGACGUGUGA